AUGGGGGCAGAGCUUGAGACCAAGACUGGAAAGAUGCCAUUUCUAACUGCUCCAAAUCUGCGGAUGCUAUUUCCCGAAAUACAACCUAUCACGGGUGCCAUUCAGCCUCCAAACCACCUUAAAUCGACCACGGGAACCUCUACAGCAUCACACAUAAUCCCUAAAGCCAACCAAACUGACAUGCAAACCAGGGGCCAACUUACCUCCAAUGUUCUCCUGCCUGGAGACCUAAAACCACAGCCAGGUAAUCCGGGCGAUCAAAGGGAUAUCGGGACAAUGUUACAGCUCCAAGCAUGCCCAAACAUAGCCACCGCAGAAGACCCA